AUGGGAAUAGGGAAAAGUACAAUAGACAAUGUAACAUUCAAUCAUUCUGAUGCGUUUUAUUAUGCUGGUGAAAACGUAACUGGAACUAUUUCAUUUCAUAAUGCUGAGAAAAAAUUAACUUUAACUAAUGUUUCACUUGGAUUUAUUGGUGAAAUCGGUUAUACAGGACACAAAACACAUCAAUCUUGUGAUAGUAUGGGUAAUGUACAUACAGAAAAUCGUGUAGGUGAACAUCAACUACCAUUUAUACAUACUCAUAUUCAAUUUACUCAUUCGAAAGAUAAUGAGAAUAAAAUAACUCUUGAACAUGGUCAACACUCAUGGCCAUUUGAAUUUACUCUUUCUGAUGAUUUACCACCAUCAUCAGGCUCAUUAACAAGUUCAUUUCCUUAUAUAAAGUAUUAUAUGCGUAUUAGUGUUACUCAACUAUGGCAUAAAUUUAAAAAAACUCAAACUUUUCCAUUGAUAAUUUUUCCACGUAUUAAUAUCCUUCAUUUCAAUAGAGAUAAACAAGCUAUUGCUGUGUAUAAUCGAAAUCAUUUACAUGUUAGAGCACGUGUAGAUUGCCAAAGCAUUUUACCUGAUGAAAGCAUUUCUCUUGAUAUUAAUCUGAACAAUGAAAACCGAUUAACAAUAAAGGGAAUUGAAGCAAUAUUAAUUCAGAAACAAAAAAUUGAUCGCAACCAUCAUUCUCAAGUUAUUUUUAAAGAAGACUUACCUAUUUCAGAAAAUUUUACGGAAACACAAUUUCAUGAAAUUUUUGAUUUACAAAAACCUUCUACUCAACUACCACCUACAUAUGAUUAUACAGCAUCCUGUUCUGAUUUAUCAAUUCAUACUAGUAUUACUUAUGAACUAAACAUAAAAGUAAAAGUUCAUGAAUGGCAUAAUCAAAUAGAUUUAAUCAUUCCAAUUGUUAUCGGAACAGAAUCGACAUUGGAACGAACUCUAUCGAGUCAAGUUAGUUAUGGUAGAAUAUCAAUAAAUUCUGCAAGACUUGCGAGAGAAAUCAGUACACCAUUUAUAUUUCAAUCAAGAGAUGAAAAUAUGCAAAUUCAAGAAGUCAAACUGUAA